AUGGAGCUUUUCCAGCACGCGAAGGAGGUACGGCUCAAGAGCCGGCACGACAAGUUCCUGUACGCGGACGAGGACGAGCUGCGCGUGACGCAGGACCGGAAGGGCACCUCCCCGAACGCGCGGUGGACGGUGGAGACCGUCCCGCACGCCCCCGGGGCCAUCCGCCUCAAAAGCAGGUACGGCCGCUACCUGGCGGCGUCCAGCGAGCCGUUCCUGCUCAAGGGCCACAAGGUGGUGCAGGCGGCCCCUGUGCCCGGCGGGAGGCCCGACGCGUCCGUCGAGUGGGAGCCCGUCAGGGAAGGCUUCCACGUGCGCUUCAAGUCCCGCCUCGGCGCCGGCGCCGGCAGCGUCGGGGGAAGCGGCGGCAAGUACCUGAGGGCGAACGGCGGGGUGCCGCCGUGGCGGAACUCCGUCACCCACGACGUGCCGAACCGCACCAACGCGCAGGAGUGGGUGUUCUGGAGCGUCGAGGUCGUGCAGGUGAUCACGCCCGGGCCGGCCACGCCAGCUGCCACCGAGCCCGAGCCCGAGCCCAAGCUCAGGCCGGCCGCGGCGCCGCAGGAGGCGCACCACCGGCCCACCAUAUCGCAACCCACCACGCCGCCGCGUCCGGUGUACACGCCGCGGCCGCCUCCGUCGUACGCGCCUCCGCCGCUGCCAACGACAAAGCCGGAGCCCAACCUCGAGGUCCGUAGCUUGACGUCUGAUUCUGAAUUUUCUGCCCCGUUGCACAGGGUGGAAGGCCGUGCAGUUCAUUACCACAUUGCUGAUGAUAACGGGGAAGUGGGAGAUAAUAUCAAGAGAUACUCAUUCACAUUUAACGGUUCCAACUUGGAGGAGCUUACUGACAAGUUAAAAGAGGAGACAGGCAUCGAUGACCUAAUCAUCUGCACACGCAGCCCUAUCAAUGGGAAGCUCAUUCCUAUGCUUCUGCGUCUGCCACCAAACAAUGCAGCAAUGCAUAUUGUGCUGGUCCGGGAGUCCUCUAAAGUGGCAGAAACAUUUCCGUUCCCAUAUGGUUCAUGAUCUUUGGUGGCAAGGCGGACUUUCAGUUGUCCGCGGAGUGGUGGAUUGCACAUCUGGUCAUACUUUGUUCUUUGGAACUAUACCGGUAAUUCUGGGUGGCGGUGCCAGCAAGCAACUAGAGUAGCGCUUCCAGCCAGGAUACCUUUCUUGUGUGUAUAAAAUGUUAGAUAAAAUUAAACCGGCAGAAAUAUACUGAUCGUGCGAACAACUGGAGAGAUCUGUAUAGUACUUUAUAGACCAGUUGAGGGUUGAUACUUGAAAUUUUAUAUUCACUUGGCUUUGUCAUUGGAGAUAAUAGAUAUUGAUGUCAAUGAAUGGCUUGGAAGACUCA